UGACCUGACCACAAGGGGUGGAGGAAGAAGUGUCGGCCAUCUUAUUUAGUUUCAUGAUUUAUCAUCAACGUUGGCAUAAUUUAUAUUUAUAAUUAGAUUUAUAGUGUAACAGUGAAUUAUAUAACGGGAAUUGUGUUAUAUGUACUUCAAGGUGUAUCAUCUCAAAAACCAUUAACUCUCCUAGUUCCGACUAUAAGUUGGGUUUGCAGAUCUUGAAACCCUUGUCUCCUUUCAGCUACAAUGAGUACCCGUGAUGACGAAUAUGAUUAUUUGUUCAAAGUGGUGUUAAUCGGAGACUCAGGCGUAGGCAAGAGUAAUUUGCUGUCCAGGUUUACACGGAAUGAAUUCAAUUUGGAAUCCAAGUCCACUAUUGGAGUGGAGUUCGCCACUAGAAGUAUACAGGUCGAUGGAAAGACAAUAAAAGCGCAGAUUUGGGAUACUGCAGGUCAAGAACGAUACAGAGCAAUCACUUCUGCGUACUACCGAGGGGCGGUGGGUGCCCUGCUAGUGUAUGACAUUGCAAAGCACUUGACGUACGAGAAUGUUGAACGCUGGUUGAGGGAACUGCGUGACCACGCUGACCAGAACAUCGUAAUAAUGUUGGUUGGCAACAAGUCGGAUCUGCGCCACCUUCGUGCAGUACCUACAGACGAGGCAAGGUCGUUUGCCGAGCGUAACGGUCUCAGCUUCAUAGAGACAUCUGCCCUGGAUUCCACCAAUGUAGAGACUGCCUUUCACAAUAUCCUCACAGAAAUAUACCGAAUUGUAUCGCAAAAGCAGAUCAGAGAUCCACCAGAGGGAGAAAUAAUCAAACCCACGAAUGUGGAACCUAUUGAAGUCAAACCUACUGUCAACACUGACAGUGUCCGUAAACAGUGUUGUCAGUGAGCCUAAGGGGGGCUACUAGCUUCGCCUCUGAUGUGGCCUAAGUCUCAACAGCCUACUGGCCUGGGGACUCUUAUAUAUGUACACAUAUGUGCGACUAAGGAACUAUAUAAGUUUAACAGCAAAAGCAUCAUCCGUCGUUUGAUUAAUAUCUAACUAAUUCCUGGUGUUUUCUGUUCUUCAGUGCUCUAUGAUUUCACGACGAGUGCCGCUAAUUCAAAAAUGUUUGUUGUUUUGAUGUCACAAAUAAGUUUAUAAUAGAAAAAUAUUAGUGACAAUGUUAUUGAAAUGUUAUAUCGUACAUAAUAUUUGUUACUUAAUAAGUUUCAGUUACAUAAUAAAGCAUGUGAUUUCAUAAUAUUUACGUUACAUAAUAUUGUUGCAUGAUAAUCUGUGAAGUAUUUAUUUGUUUGUAGAAUCAUUUUUUUUAGUUUAAGUUAACUUAGUGGACUACCUGUGGUACAAUAAAUUGAGUUUUCUAUUAUCUUCGUCACUUAGCAGCAAUAACAUUUUAUCGGAUGUUAAAUCUGUCGAAAUACCUUUUUAUGAUGCUUUUGUGACAUCCGAUUAUUUAACAGUUGACCUAGAAUCAAAUCGCUUGUCGCAUCUCUACAUAAUGUAUGUAUAGAAGUUAAUUUUGUAUUUAAAGAAAACUACGGUACUAUGGUUCUGCUAACGACGCCCCCACUUCUUUUCUUAUCGAGUGAUUAUUUAUCUAUUUAUACAUGUUUAUUAUCUUAAACUUAGGCUUUAAUGGAACGUGUUAAUAUAUUUUUGUGUUUAUUGGGACCGAGACAAUUGUUUUUCCACGAGACUCACUGUUAUUCCGGCAGGUUCUUUCCGUCGCCUGUGGUUUUGUUACAUUCCCGUAAGCCCCAGAAAUUGAUUCUCACUCUAGAGCUUACAAAGUGUGUUUCGGUUAUCUCAAUGUGUAGAAUUCACCUGCCUCAACGUUGAUUCAAACAUGCCAUAAAUCAAUAUUUUACAUUACACUAAAUAAAUAUGUUAAUUAUAAUAGGACUAAGAUGUUAUUAUUGUAAAAUAUAAAUAAUAAUAAAUAAAAUUAAACUGAGCUUUUGUUUAAUA